UCAUUCCUCUUAGGUUUUUCUCCAUAUUUUCCACACUUGAAAAGGAAUGGGUGGCUUUCGGACUCCAUCUCCCAGAAUCCUUGGGAAUGGGGGAUUUAUUGCUGUUGUUUUGAUUAUAAACCAAGCUAGACUCCGUUUCCCAGAGUCCAUGUCUUCAAAGGAACAUUAGCCCGGCUCCUGGCUCUUCUGGCCCGCCCCAUUUGUGUUUCCUAUGAAUUCUGGGAGUUGUAGUUCGGUGUUUAUGCGAGCGGACCCAGUGACCAUCCUCGGAUUGGAGUUGGAGCUGUACUUUUUGUUGUUUUUUAAUUUUGGGGGAGCUGUUGUUCUGGUCUGUGAAUACUUUGGUGUUGGCCAGGAAGAGAGAAUUCAAAGUGAAGGAUGGCUACUGGGCAGCUGCCCUCCGGUUACCAGACAAUACUGACAUUUCAAGACGUGGCCGUGAACUUCACCCGGGAGGAGUGGGGGCUGCUGGAGCCGGCUCAGAAGGACAUGUACAGGGAAGUGAUGCUGGAGAACUAUGAGAAUUUUAUCUUCCUGAGGCUUCCACUUUCCAAACGAGAUGUCCUCUUUCACUUGGAACAAAGAGAAGGACUAAGACUGUUGCAGAGAGCAUCUUCAAGAAGCCCUUCCCCAGAUUUUCCUCAGAAAAGUAAUACAGUUAGACAAAAGGGCAGUCAGAAGUCGAUCCUAGUUGCGCAACAUCAAGUUCCUGAAGCCAAUUUCAAAUACUUUUCAGACUUAAAUGAAUAUAACGGAAUUGCUGUAGGUGAGAAACUUUAUAAUAAAGACAAGAAACCCUUUACUGACCACUCAAACUUUAUUCAUUGUACUGGAGGAAAAUACCCUAAAUAUAAUGAAUUUGGCAGAGCCUUCAGUAUUAAUUCAUACCAUCCUGUACAUCAAAGAAUUCAUACUGAAGGGAAAUCAUUUGAAUGUAAUGAAUAUGGAAAAACCUUCAACAGUAAAGAAAGCCUAACUGUACAUCAGAUAAACCAUACCCAGAAGAAGCCAUUUAAAUGUAAUGAAUGUGGAAAAGCUUUUAACAGUUAUCAAAUCUUAUCUCAACAUCAAAGAAUUCAUACUGGAGAGAAACCAUUUGAAUGUAAUGAAUGUGGAAAAUCAUUCAGCCAGAAGGGGAACCUCUUUAAACAUCAGAAAAUUCAUAAUGGAGAAAAAUAUAAAAAAAUUUGUAAUGGAAAGAAAUCCUACAUAUGUAAUGAAUGUGGGAAAGGCUUCAACUCUAAGCCACAUCUUGAAAUACAUAAGAUAAUUCAUUCUGGAAAGAAGCCCUGUGAAUGUAAUAUAUGCGGCAAAGCCUUCCCCAAUAAACAUUAUUUAGGAAAACAUAAAAAAAUUCAUACUGAAGAAAAACCUUGUAAAUGUAACCACUGUGGAAGAGCGUUCAGAGAGAAGGGCAGCCUUAAAAAACAUAAGAUGAUUCAUACAAGUGAGAAGCCCUUUGAAUGUAGUAAAUGUGGGAAAGCCUUCAGCAGUAAUAGGUAUCUAAUUCAACAUCAAAAAACCCAUACUAGAGAGAAACCCUACAAAUGUAAUGAAUGUGGGAAAGCCUUUAGCAGUAAUAGCUACAUAAUUGAGCAUCAAAGAAUUCAUACUGUACAAGAGCCUUAUAAAUGUAAUGAAUGUGGGAAAGCCUUUAGUAGUAAUAGAUAUUUAAUUCAACAUCAAAGAAUCCAUAUUGGAGAAAAGCCUUAUAAAUGCAAUGAAUGUGAGAAAAUCUUCAGCAGUAAUAGAUAUUUAAUUCAGCAUCAAAGAAUUCAUACUGGAGAAGAGCCCUAUAAAUGUAAUGAAUGUGGGAAAGCCUUUAGCAGUAAUAGCUACAUAAUUGAACAUCAAAGAAUUCAUACUGGAGAGAAGCCUUUUAAAUGUAAUGAAUGUGGGAAAGCUUUCAUUAGUAAUCAAAAGCUUUUAAGACAUCAAAGAAUCCAUACAGGAGAGAAGCCCUAUAAAUGUAAUGAAUGUGGGAAAGGCCUAAGCACUAAAAUGUACCUAAUUCAACAUCAACGAAUUCAUACUGGAGAGAAGCCCUAUAAAUGUAAUGAUUGUGGGAAAGCUUUUAUAAGUAACAAACAGCUAUCCAGACAUCAAAAAAUUCUUACCACAGACAAUCCAUAUAAAUGUAAUGAAUGUGGGAAAACCUUCUGUACCAAUUCUCUCUUUGAAGCACAUAAGGUACUAGUAAGAAUUUCCAUAAAUGUACCUAAACUUGGAGAAACAUAGACACAUACCAUAUACUGAGAUAUAUGUGAACUUUGGGUGGGGAUUUAGUGAACAACAUCUAAGUCAUUUAUACUGUCACCUUUUCUUCUAAAAAAGUCUCUUCUUGAGACUUAAUUGGUGCAAGGGACAAAGUCUCCAACUGUUUAUUGGGUACCUAAAGCAGAAGUGUUAAUCAUGCAGCCCGAUCAGGAUAUUCCUAGGUGAACCAGAUUAUUUAAAAUGUAAUUGGGAAAUAUUUAACAAAAUAAAUCAAAAUACAACUAAACAUAGAUAAUAUUAAUAUGCAGUUUUUAAAGUCAGUAUGCAACUCAUGGGAUCCUUAUAUAUGAGUUAGUGGUCUUUAUUUUUUAUUUGAGUUUGAAGUAAGGCAAAAAGAGCCCUGGACAUAAAGGAAUUGAGUUCUCAAGACCUGAAGAACUUUCCAGUGAUCAAGUGUAUCUCCAUAUGGAAGGGAACUGAACCAAUAUUGAAUUUUUAUUAAAGACCAUUCCAGCAAUAUUGUUCAUUAAACUUUUUUUUGCAAAA